CAACUACGCGGUCGCACAAACCGCGAUCGAAUCGACAGUUCCGAGAAGGAACUCUUCGCCCGUACCGUCGUGGAGUGAGGAGUCUGUUUCAGUUCCAUUUCUCGUUCUCUCUCUCCACAUUUUCACAUAAAGGCUUGAUUUUCGUUCUUUUCUGUAUUCAGUUCUUUUGCUCUUCUUUUUGGUCUGUUUGGUUGCCGGCAAACUUUAGGAAAAAAGGAACUGUAAAAGAGAAAACACUGAAUAUCCUGUAUUUAUUUAUUUAUUAUUUAUUUAUUUUUCAACUUUUUCGUUGCGAUCACUAAGGUAAAACUCCCUUCUAUACCUAGAAUCGAUUCUAUAAACUGUUAAUGCCAAUAUGUGGCUCGCUUUAUGGUUGUGAUUGACGUAACUUAGAAUACUGGUAAUUUCCCCCUUUUGUACUUUCUUCUGUGGCUUCUCUGUCAUCCUCGCUUCUUUCUGUUUCUUUUUUUUCCUUGUUUUUAUACUUAUUCCUCUGUUUGGUUUGGUUGCUGGGAAACAUAGGGAAAAAGGACCUACGAGAGGAGGAAACUCUGAAUAUCCUGUUUCGGACGUUUGAUCUUGUUGUUUUUAUUCAUUUCUUUGUCUGCGGUUUCUAGCAGUCAAGCAGAGUGUUUAUUUGUUUUCCAGUUUUUCAAUUUUGAACCUGAAAUUCAGGUUUAGUUUCGGUGUAUAUAUGUGGAAUCGUUUCUAUGAACUGUGGAUAGUUGUUGCCAUUUGUAUCUCGUUUAUUGUUGUGAAAAAUCCUGUAAUUAAGAUUACCUCUGAUUUUUAACUCUGUUCUUUGCUUCACUGUCCUUUUUUAUUUAUUUUUAUUUUUUAUUUUUAACUUUUCUUUUCUUCUUCCUCUGUUUGCUUGUAGCAGAAAAGGAACUACAAAAAGAAACUUUGGAAAAUCCUGUUUUAGAAGUAAUUUUUUGUUACCCUUUCUUUUUGAAGUUUGUAGUGAUCAAUUUUGAAGGUUGAAUUCCCUUCCAUACUGGGAAAUUUGGAAUUGAGUCUAGGAAAUGUGGAUUGUGAAUGCAAUUUUAUUAUUCAUUUUAAGUUUUGAACUUGCUUUAGCUGGGAUUACUGUUGAUCUUCUUCACUUUUUUCUUUUCUUAUUUCUCUAUAUGCUUGUGGAGAAACAGUAUGAAAAAAAGAACAAAUUUUACUGUGAUCAAGCAGAUGAUUUUUUGUUUUCUAAUUUUGAAGGUUCAGUUCCCAGUUGUAUGUGGAAUCAGUUCUAUAAACUGGGGAUCAUUCAUGUAAUUUUGUGUCCUGUUUUAUUAUUGUGUAAAUUGCCAUAAUUGAGAUUACUGGUGAUUAUUAGAUUGAUUCUCUAUCAUUCCGCUUUUUUAUUUUCCUUUUUACUCUUUGGUUGCAGAGAAGCUGAGGAAACAAGUUGCUGAUAUUCAUGUUCAAUUCCAUUCUAAUGUUUGGAAUUGAGUCCAUAACCGUGGAUUGUUAAUGAUAUGUCCUUUGCAUGUGCCUAGUGAUAUCAUUGGAUUUUGAAUGUGGACUAGAACUAUAAAUCACUGACAUGGCGGUUAUGCAACUGAAUGGUGGUGUUCUUGCUACUGGAUUGACAAGUACGGGGAGUGGAGGGGGUGUGAUAAAGAAGAUUACAGGGUCCUCUGUUGUGGUACAGCCAAGUGGAGAACACAAUGCAUUUGCACUUAUUAAAAGCAAAGGGUUAAGAUAUGAAGAUGUUACUAGAUGUCAUCAUCAAUCUCUAGACCUUCUAAGGCCAUUCUCUCCAUUGGUGACAUGCCGUAGGAAACAUGUCUUUCCUGUGUUCAAUAAUCACCUUGGAUCGGAUUGUGGUGUGGAUUCUUCAGAGGUGGAAGAGAACAUUGUUGUGGAAAAGGGGAAUGAUAUUGGCAAAUCAAGUGAAGUCCGUGAAUUGAAAGGGAUUACUGCAACUUUAUCACGUUCUUUGGGAGUCAAACGUGAGCUCAUUAUGCUUUCUUUGCCUGCAAUGGCUGGACAGGCUCUUGAUCCUUUGGCACAACUGAUGGAGACAGCUUAUAUUGGUAGAUUGGGCCCUGUGGAGUUGGCUUCUGCUGGUGUUUCCAUAUCAAUAUUCAACAUUAUAUCAAAGCUAUUUAACAUUCCUCUCCUGAGUAUUUCCACUUCGUUUGUGGCUGAAGACAUCUCAAAGAAUGCUAUCAACAAUUCAGCCUCAGAAGAGUUUUAUCAAGAAGAAAGUACAAAUGGAACUCCUUUUGUUGGAGUAACUGAAAGAAUGCAGCUAUCAUCUGUUUCUACGGCUUUACUUUUAGCUGUUGGUAUUGGCAUCUUUGAGGCUUUUGCCUUGUAUUUUGGAUCAGGAUGGUUCCUUAACUUGAUGGGCAUACCAUUGGCUUCAUCCAUGCAUGCUCCAGCACGUAGAUUUCUUUCACUCAGAGCCCUUGGAGCUCCUGCAGUUGUUGUUUCUUUGGCUCUUCAAGGCAUUUUACGUGGUUUUAAGGAUACAAAGACCCCGGUCUUAUGUCUAGGUGUUGGUAAUUUUGCAGCUGUCUUUUUGUUCCCCAUACUUAUGUAUUAUUUUCAAUUGGGUGUUACUGGAGCUGCCAUUUCCACUGUUGUGUCUCAAUACAUUGUCACCUUUUUAAUGAUUUGGCACCUUAAUAAGAGAGCUGUAUUGUUGCCCCCAAAGAUGGGAACACUGCAAUUUGGUGACUAUAUCAAAUCUGGUGGUUUUCUUCUUGGGAGAACUCUUGCUGUCCUUGCAACUAUGACCUUGGCAACAUCAGUGGCGGCUCGUCAAGGCCCAAUAGCAAUGGCCGGCCAUCAAAUAUGCUUGCAAGUAUGGUUGGCUGUUUCGCUCCUCACUGAUGCACUGGCUGCAUCUGCUCAGGCCAUGAUUGCAAGUUCUUUAUCGAAAGGUGACUACAAGGCUGUGAAAGAAAUUACCUACUUUGUAUUAAAGACAGGAUUAUUCACUGGUAUUUUCUUGGCUGUGGCUUUGAGUGCAUUUUAUGGUUCCUUAGCCACCAUAUUCACCAAGGACAUUGAAGUGUUAGGAAUUGUUAGGACUGGGGUACUGUUUGUCUGUGCCAGUCAACCUAUAAAUUCUUUAGCUUUUAUUUUUGAUGGCCUCCAUUUUGGUGCAUCAGACUUCCCAUAUGCUGCUCGCUCUAUGAUGGUCAUUGGGGCAAUAUGUUCUGCCUUUUUGCUUUAUGUUCCUUCUCUACUUGGUCUUCAAGGAGUUUGGCUGGGCUUGACUCUCUUUAUGGGCUUGCGUAUGGUGGCAGGAGUGAUCAGAUUAGCAUCGAAAACUGGUCCAUGGUGGUUCCUGCAUGAGGACUUCCAGAUGGCAGAGGUGAUGAAUUUUGGAUCUAAAACCGCCUAACUGGAUUCAAUUUUUGGAUUGCACUUGUUGAGAUGGGACCGGUCUAUGAUGGAGUCUAGGAAACCAGUGACUGUCGUGUAUGACACAUAUCCCUGAGACAUGAUUCGAUUGUACUUAACGGUAUUUGAAUAUUUUUCUUAGAUGAUAAGCAGUUUUUUAGUCUCUAAUUCAUGAAAUUGUAUAGAUUUAUUUCUUUGCCAAUAUUCUGAAUCCCUUUAGUUUUAUUACCUUCUUUUGUUGUUGGAAUGAUGCUAUAUUCUCCAAAAUUUCCAGUUUUCACCCAUCA